AUGUCACAGUCAAUACCUGGUUAUUGCUACACGAACCCUUCAUUUUGCCGUCAAUCGGAACAAAUACCCGACGACCAAAAUGACGAAUUGCCACCACCGCCGCAGUUCCAAGAAGUUGAAGAUCUCCCGCCACCUCCGCCACCGGCACCGACAACUGUAACAACAUCAGUUCACUUCCAACACCCUCAAAACUACGGACAGGGGCACGCCAAUCCGGGAUUUCCCAUCAGAUCUGAUCCAGACGCCAUCGAGCUAGACCGAUACGCCAAAACAACAGAUCGCUACUGCUAUCUGGACGAAAAUCCAAAGAAAGACAUCGUUCAAGAGAGAAGAAUUAUCUAUGACCGUAACACCCGAUCCAGGUAUGAGUACAUCGAUGAUGAUGAUCAUCCUCCUCAACCGCGCCUCCAAAGAAGGGCUUCUCUUUCGCGAUUUGAGAUGAUGAACCAGCGGCAAAACUACCAGUUCGUUCGGCAAGGAAGCUAUCAUGGUCAACAGCUGCAAGGUCUUGAGGAUCGCAAUGGAAACCAGAGGGCCCGCCGGUUUCGUCAAGACGGAAGUGACCGUUAUGCUUUGGUGCCUGCGGACGAGGGUGCCAUCGAUGUAGAAUCCAGUUCUUGGAUAAAUGCCGGACAUUCCUCCCCUCGUGGACGUUACGCAAGGGUACCCAUGCAGGAGGAUGAGCCCCCAGUAUUGCCAGAUCGCAAUAAUUAUAACAAUCAGCCUGAAUUGAGAGUUAAUAACAAUGGAUUUUCGUCAAGGAACAAUCUUGCGACACAAAAAUUACAUGAGAUAUUGACUACUCCGAGGAAACCGCGCUCAAAGUCAGAAGAUAGAAAUUUGUCGCCCGGGAAAAUUGAUCGGGGUACGCCACACAGAGGUGCUCAGUUUACUCCUCCCAUCAGUGCGACAACUUCACCAACAGGUCGUGGAGUAGUUCCAGGGUCUAGUAGAAGAGAAACGCCAAUAGGAACACCUCAACGGGCAUUAUCACCAUUAAGAACUCCCCAAACGUCUACACCAAAUAAAGAGACACCUUCUGCGCGCAGAUGUCUUCCCCUUAAUGAACAACAGGACAUCUGUCCGGCAAGUAAUUGUGGCAGAACACGAUACUACCAACGUCGUGAUGCAACUUCUCCUACAGAAUUAUCGCAAUUCAGUGAGCCGCCGCCACGUUAUGCAUUCCUGGAGUCAAACUCCGAGUCCAUGCCAAUGGUCAUUGGAUCACCGAAGUAUCAGGUUUUGUCAUCACGCUCUGAAUCACAAUCGCAACUUAAAAGGAAUGCGUAUCAGAGUGUUGAGAGCGCUUUUAUUGCUAGAACAGCUGUUGUACCACCACUCUCACCGCCUAGCAGUGACGCUAAUACGACAUUAGCGAGUGGAAUAGAAAAGAAUGAAAGAAAAAGUGCACCUUUGAUCCUCGUAUUAGUUGGAAUUUUGACUUGUGGAUUGGCACUUUAUUUAUCAUGGACGCAAGGUCGCCAGUAUUACUUGGACAGUGCAGCUGGAUGUGGAGUAUGCUGCGCACUAGCAGGAGCUUGCCGAAGUCUUCGUCGUCCUUGGACAGGAUUGGGUCUUGCAGGACUAUCAGCUCUCAGCUGUGCCGGAUUACUAUUACUUGCUGCAAAAUCACCUCGUAAAGGCACUCCACUCCACGAUGUUACUGCUGGAGCACUUUGUGGGGUUUCAUUACUUGGUGCUGCUUUAGCGCUACUGGCUCUGCUCGCGCCCAAAUGCAACCUUGGUCGUCAUCGCCGUGUGCAUUCCUGGAUGCCGCGAUUUUCACCGUAA